AUGUCACGCGUAAUGGCGGAGCGCGUUCAAUCAUCCUACAUUCCGUCAGUCAGCGCCCGGCCGGCGAUGGAGGCGGACGAGUGUUACGACAGCGCGUCCGCGUCGUCGCCCGGAGCGGAGCAUGCCGACCCGCAGACUCCGCCGCACUACAACGCGGAGCCCGAGAAGGAGUUCAUAUUAAAGUACGAAUCGUUGCCACAGUUGUGGGACACGUCGGAUAUCCGCUACAGCAAUAGAUUUGAAAGAUACCGAGCUUUAGGACAACUGCUGCCGAUAUAUCAAAAGGUUAAACCUUACGCCACAAUAGAAGACAUUAAAAAGAAAAUAAACUCCCUACGGUCCAAUUACCGAAGGGAGUUGAAAAAAUACAUCGCAUCGAUGAAGACGGGAGGGAGCAUUGUAUAUUAUCCUAAAGUAUGGUAUUUCCCGUAUUUAAACUUUUUAAGAAAAUUGGAAAACGACGAUGACCAGGAUGAAAGGAUGCAAAGAGUUGAGAAAACUGAGAGCACGCAAAGUAUCCAGGAAAACAGAUCAUCGAAGCCAAAGAGUAUACUACAAUCACUAUGUUCGGAGCCCAAAUCGAGGUCACCGGUCCCGACGCUAAAAAUGAGGAAGAAAUUAUAUCAAGAGAAGUUCCGUCCCAGCCACUAUUCACCCAAUCCCUACCAAAACCAGCACCAGUGCCCCAAAAUCUCGAACCCACUAGCGUUAGAAUGGUCCCAAACAUUGGCAAGGCUGGAUCCUCUUCAAAGGUUGUAUGCGAAGAAGGCUAUCAAUGACGUGCUUUUUGAAGCUGAACUGGGCAGCCUACAUAAACAUUCCGUGCGCAUCAACGAGGCCAGCUCGUAUUACAUCCGAACGUCACCCGACGAAAUGUCCGGUGCUGAAGAUUUGGCGGAUCCCCCAAGUUCGUCAAUACAGAAAUCGGAUCCGAUUUCAGUCAAAACCAAUGAUUCAACUUCAGAUGUGGACUGUAAAUUUCCCAUCACCUUUUUGCAUUGCAAUCUCGAAAAUGAUACGCACAGGCGAGAAACUGAGUUCGGAGAUUGAGAACAGAAGUUUUUUUUUUUUAUGAAAUUAUGUUUUUAAUAAAGAAUGU